AUGACCCUCGUAUCAGAUAUUAAACUGAUAAGAACAGAUACUACACUUGAUCUUAGCCAAAAGGCCGAGAAAGGUAUACUUCCCAAGUUCAUCGGGCAUUUUAUGUACAUGGAAUGCCCCAUCCCCUUCUCACUAGACUCAUGGGCUUUAUUGAAAGUUGCAGUCUUUGGUGGCAGGUGGGACGCUCUGCUGCGUCUGUAG